AGUCAUGUCAUGUCAGAAAAAGCAUUUAGAAAGUCACUCUUUCUCUUUCUCUUUCUAUAAACAAACUUCAUCUUUCUUUUCUUCCUCUAACCUCUCAUCUCACUCUCUCCUUUUCCCUUUCCAAAUUCUCCUUCUUCCAUUGCAUUCUACUGGAAGGAACCACGCUCUCCUCUUCCUCUGCAUGCUCUCUCACUGUUUCUGCUGUUAAAUUAGUGUAACAACUUGUUACUAACACCAGGGUGGUUAUUUGGGUUAUCUUUGACUGUGGAUAGUGUUAUCAUUAUCAAUCAACUGAACUUGUAUAAAUGGGGUGUGUGUUAUCAAGUUUUGAUGAGGAUGAAAGAGUUAGAAUAUGUAAGGAAAGGAAGAAGGUGAUAAAACAGCUAGUGUGUAAUAGAGAGGAGUUUUCUGAUUCCCUGCUAGCUUAUUUGAAAGCUUUGAGGAACACCGGCGGUACGCUCAGGCAGUUCACCGAGUCCGAUAUUUUAGAGUUGGACUUUGCAUCUACUGGCCUGCCUGACCCUCCACCUUCCCCGCCGCCUAAUUUGCUACUGCCACCGCCGGUGCCUCCUUUUCUUGUUGACAAGGGUAUGCCGCGCGUUGGCCAAGAUGAAAUGCUGGAGAAUGAUGAUGUUGAUCCAAUUAUGAACUCGAUGUUGCUAUUUCGACCGAUGGAUAAAGUAGAAGGGGUGGAGUCGUUGGAGGAGGAGAAUUGGGAAGAAACCAAAACGGAAUUCGAAGAUGAAGUCCAUGACUCGGAAGGUGAUGCGAGUGCUAGAAGAUUACGCAAUGGGAAGCAACAGGUUAGAGAACCAGUUGAUGAUAAUAAUCCAUCUGCCAUUUGUUUGUUUAAAAAAGAAACUCACGACGCUAAGAAAGCUACGCCCAAGCAGGCUGGUAGAAAUGCCAAAACCUUGGAGGGUAUAGUUAAAGAGUUAGAUGAUCAUUUCCUGAAAGCAUCGGCAUGCAUAAAGGAAAUUGCUGUUCUCAUUGAUAUCAGCAGCGGAGAUACUCUUCUACGCCAGAAUUCUGGACGUCAUCUUAGCAAGAGAACCAAUUCUGCAAGGGUGUUUAGUGUGCUGUCAUGGAGUAGGCAUACUAAGUCGCCCACAUUCACUAAAGAUGACGCCGAGUUUUCUAGUCCUAGUGAACCAUGCAGGCCUGGAGCUCAUUGUGCCACGCUUAAAAAACUAUACGCCGCAGAGAAGAAACUUUACAAAACAGUCAAGGAAGAGGGAGUUACCAAAUUGGAGUUUGAGAGGAAGUCUGCCUCAUUGCAGAAAGAAGAUGAGAAUCUCGAUUCAGCCAAAAUCGAAAAAAUUCGAUCAAAUGUUGAGAAGUUAGAGUCUGAUUUAAUAAGCCUACGGCAGUGUAUCAGUGAAACAUCAUCGUCAAUUUUAGAACUUAUAGACGAAGAACUCUUACCGCAACUGGUUGCAUUAACUGCCGGGUUGUCGCAAAUGUGGAAGAUAAUGCAUGAGUGUCAUCAGUCCCAGACUCUGAUCUCUCAGCAGUUGAGUAAACUCAGCGAUAACCAUAACACAAUUCUAAGUUCCGAAUAUCAUCACCAGGCUACAAUUCAGUUCGAGAGUGAGGUCUCUUAUUGGUAUACUAGCUUCUGCAAACUUGUAAAAUCGCAACGAGAGUACGUAGGGACCCUCAGUAAAUGGAUCAAGCGUACGAACUGCCUCAGGGAGGGUCAUGAAAGCGGUGAUCACUCUUCUGUUCGCACCAUUUGUGAACAGUGGGAGCCUGGCCUUGAUGGAUUACCUGAUAAAGAGGUCGCCGAUGCGAUAAAAAACCUUUUGGUAUCCAUCCGUUCAAUAAUUGCUCAACAGGCCGAGGAAGAUAACAUUCUGAAAAAGUUGGAAAAACUUGAAAGAAAGUUGCUGAGGUGUUCUGCGUCCCUGGCUGUCAUACAGAAAAAAAUGGAAUGGAACUUCGAAGAAGACGACCGCGAUGUAGCCAAUAUAAGCCCGAGACAUCCGCUGUUUCAGAAAAAAGCUGAAACAGAAGCUUUGAAGAAGCAAGUGGAAAGUGUGAAAGCAGAUUAUUUGGGUUCUGUUCAAUGUAGUAGGACCAUGACACUAGAUAGCCUCCGAACUCGACUUCCUCAUCUCUUCUUGUCACUGAUGGAAUUUGCAAGUGCUUCCUCUCAAGCAAUUGAGGCUAUAAAUUCUCAGUCAAGCCAAUAGAAUGAAUGCAUACAAAAGAUGUUCACUUUUGUGCUGAUAUGAACAAAUACAUGAUGUAAAUUGUGUUUGUAAACUGAAACAAAAUUGUUUGUGUUUAGCUUUUACUUUAUAUUGACUCUUUGUAGUCCUUUGAUCCUAAAACAACUUUUCAAUGGAGAAAUUUGAAAGAUAAUACUUAGUGUGAAAGAGAGAAAAUUUCUCAGCUCUACCUCAUACUGUGUUCUUGUCCAUAGCAUUAUCCUAUUCACCGAAGGGUGUGAGAAUCCUUCCCACGACACCCACACAAGACCGGUAAUAAUGUAACUACAUAUGUCACACAACACCGGUAAUAAUGUAACUACAUAUGUCAGUGCUGAUGUAUGACAUCAAACACUAUAUUGACACAUAUCAGACAUUAGACAUCAAA